UGAGGCUGAACAUCGCAUUGCUUGACCAUAACAGGAAAUUCUGACCACGAAAAGCGACCGACGAAUACCCAAUAUGUCCCAUACCGUUACCACAAACACCGGCGGGAACGAGUUUUUGACUCGCGUCUACAACUGCAAGAACAACGACGAUCUUGUCGCCCUCUACGACGAUUGGGCGGAAAGCUUCGAUGCCGAUGUGUUGGGUGAAGCUCAGAAAUAUGUCGCUCCAGCCCUAGCAGCACAGGCAGUCGUACAAGCUGGCGGGAAGAUAGAUGGUGUGGCAUUGGAUGCUGGCUGCGGGACUGGCUUGUCCGGUGUGGCUUUGAGCCAAGUUGGCGUGAAGACAAUAGAUGGUCUUGAUAUCUCACCGGGCAUGCUGAAAGUAGCCAGGAAGACUGGUGUAUAUCGUGACCUUCAAACCGCCGAUCUGUCGAAGCCCGUGCAAAAGGAGGACAGCCAAUACGACAUCAUCUUCUGUAUCGGGACCUGGACUCAUGGUCAUGUUGGGCCCAUACCUUCCUUCGCAGAGUUCGUGAGGGUGACCAAGCAAGGCGGAAUCAUCGCUGGGACGGUGCUGGAUGAUAUCUGGACUUCUCACGGAUUUGAAGCUGAAGUGCAACGCCUGGAGCGUGAAGGACUAGUGCAGGUUGUUAGCACUGAUAGCAUGGAUUACCGAAAAGGUGCUGGAGUGACAGCCAAGGUCGUCGUUCUGCGGAAAAAGUAGGACUUUGGAUGUAUGUGCCAUGCGAGGACAGAACGUCUGUGGAAGACGGAUAGCAGCAAGCCAGCGGGUCACCCCUUUUCAACAACGGCUGCGUACUGUUCACUUUUCUCUUGCUUUAAGCUGGUGCGAGAAAUUUCUGCUAGCGGUUAUUGCAAAGGAUACAAAGGCAUUGUGAGAACAUCUAUGCCGAAGGCGAUCUGCAUCAUGGCAGCGGUGUGCUGGCUGGAAGCGCCGUGCCCGUGCCCGUGCCCAGCAAAGCGCGGCAAGAAAAGAACAUAAACGGAUGAGCUAGCCAAAUGGGGACGUCCUCCCGAGCGGUCCAGGCCGAUCCGAUCCGGCCGUCUCAUGUCAUCUUCUCAUGCGUCUGCUUCUUACUACCCCCUCUGCGAUCCUUCUCUACGGCGUUAUGAACUCUCCCGCACUGUGGUUCGCCUCCAUCUUGACCCGUCUCCAGAAUGCGAUCACAAACCCAGCAAAGUUGCAGAGUUCACUAUGCGCCGCAUCGCAGCAUCUCCCGCCGAAGUGGACACUUCUGUGCUUGGCACGUUGUAGCCGCCCGACCUGAAACUUACAAUGAGACUUCAUUGGUGGUGACCAUGUAUCCAGCUCCAAAAAAGAUUGAAUAGACGCCGAAUGCACAUUGGAGACA